CCGGGUUCGCUUGCCUCGUCAGCGUCCGCGUUUUUCCCGGCCCCCCCCAACCCCCCCGGACAGGACCCCCUUGAGCUCGUCCCUCAGCUGCCACCAUGAGCGACCAAGAUCACUCCAUGGAUGAAAUGACAGCUGUGGUGAAGAUUGAAAAAGGAGUUGGUGGCAAUAAUGGGGGCAGUGGUAAUGGUGGUGGUGCCUUUUCUCAGGCUCGAAGCAGCAGCACAGGCAGUAGCAGCAGUGGAGGAGGAGGAGGGCAGGAAUCCCAGCCAUCCCCUCUGGCUCUGCUGGCAGCAACUUGCAGCAGAAUUGAGUCACCCAAUGAAAACAGCAACAACUCCCAGGGCCCAAGCCAGUCAGGGGGCACAGGUGAGCUUGACCUCACAGCCACACAACUCUCACAGGGUGCCAAUGGCUGGCAGAUCAUCUCUUCCUCCUCUGGGGCUACCCCUACCUCAAAGGAACAGAGUGGCAGCAGUACCAAUGGCAGCAAUGGCAGUGAGUCUUCCAAGAAUCGCACAGUCUCUGGUGGGCAGUAUGUUGUGGCUGCCACUUCCAACUUACAGAACCAGCAGGUCCUGACAGGAUUACCUGGAGUGAUGCCUAAUAUUCAGUAUCAAGUAAUCCCACAGUUCCAAACCGUUGAUGGGCAACAGCUGCAGUUCGCAGCCACUGGGGCCCAAGUGCAGCAGGAUGGUUCUGGUCAGAUACAGAUCAUACCAGGUGCAAACCAACAGAUCAUCACAAAUCGUGGAAGUGGAGGCAACAUCAUUGCUGCUAUGCCAAACCUACUCCAGCAGGCUGUCCCCCUCCAAGGCCUGGCUAAUAACGUACUCUCAGGACAGACUCAGUAUGUGACUAACGUACCAGUGGCCCUGAAUGGGAAUAUCACCUUGCUACCUGUCAACAGCGUUUCUGCAGCUACCUUGACUCCUAGCUCUCAGGCAGUCACUAUCAGCAGUUCUGGGUCCCAGGAGGGUGGCUCACAGCCUGCCACCUCAGGGACUGCCAUCAGUUCUGCCAGUUUGGUAUCAUCACAAGCCAGUUCCAGCUCCUUUUUCACCAAUGCCAAUAGCUAUUCAACAACUACAACCACCAGCAACAUGGGAAUUAUGAACUUUACCACCAGCGGAUCAGCAGGGACCAACUCUCAAGGGCAGACACCCCAGAGGGUCAGUGGGCUACAGGGGUCUGAUGCUCUAAACAUCCAGCAGAACCAGACAUCUGGAGGCUCUCUGCAAACAAGUCAGCAAAAAGAGGGAGAGCAAAACCAGCAGACGCAGCAACAGCAACAAAUUCUUAUCCAGCCUCAGCUAGUUCAAGGGGGACAGGCUCUCCAGGCCCUUCAAGCAGCACCAUUGUCAGGGCAGACCUUUACAACCCAAGCUAUCUCCCAGGAAACCCUCCAGAAUCUCCAGCUUCAGGCUGUUCCAAACUCUGGCCCCAUCAUCAUCCGGACACCAACAGUGGGGCCCAAUGGACAGGUCAGUUGGCAGACUCUUCAGCUGCAGAAUCUCCAAGUUCAGAACCCACAGGCCCAGACAAUCACCUUGGCCCCAAUGCAGGGUGUUUCCUUGGGGCAGACCAGCAGCAGCAAUACCACCCUUACACCCAUUGCCUCAGCCGCCUCCAUCCCUACCGGCACCGUCACUGUGAAUGCUGCUCAGCUCUCCUCCAUGCCUGGCCUCCAGACCAUUAACCUCAGUGCAUUGGGUGCUUCAGGGAUCCAGGUGCACCAGCUUCCAAGCCUGCCCUUGGCUAUAGCAAAUGCCCCAGGUGAUCAUGGAGCUCAGCUUGGCCUCCAUGGGGCUGGUGGUGAUGGAAUACAUGAUGACACAGCAGGUGGAGAAGAAGGGGAAAACAGCCCAGAUCCACAGCCCCAAGCUGGUCGGAGGACCCGGCGGGAAGCAUGCACCUGCCCCUAUUGUAAAGACAGUGAAGGAAGGGGCUCUGGGGAUCCUGGCAAAAAGAAACAGCACAUUUGCCACAUCCAAGGCUGUGGCAAAGUAUAUGGCAAGACCUCACACCUACGGGCACACUUGCGCUGGCAUACAGGCGAGAGGCCAUUCAUGUGUACCUGGUCAUACUGUGGGAAACGCUUUACACGUUCGGAUGAGUUACAGAGACACAAACGUACACACACAGGUGAGAAGAAAUUUGCCUGUCCUGAGUGUCCCAAGCGCUUCAUGAGGAGUGACCACCUGUCAAAGCAUAUCAAGACCCACCAGAAUAAGAAGGGAGGCCCGGGUGUAUCCCUGAGCGUGGGCACUUUGCCCCUGGACAGUGGGGCAGGUUCAGAAGGCAGCGGCACUGCCACCCCUUCAGCCCUUAUUACCACCAAUAUGGUAGCCAUGGAGGCCAUCUGUCCAGAGGGUAUUGCCCGUCUUGCCAACAGUGGCAUCAACGUCAUGCAGGUGGCGGAUCUGCAGUCCAUUAAUAUCAGUGGCAAUGGCUUCUGAGAUGAGGCACCCAGGGCCAGAGACGUAUGGGCCAUACCCAUCAACCCUGGGAUGCAAGGUAGCAUGGGUCCAAGAGACAUGUGGGAGAGAGAGCCAUGAGGCAUUAAAAUGCAUGGUGGUGGGAAGAAUUGGGGGAGGGAUACAAGAGAAGAGAUGGGGUCUUGGCACCCACCUGUAUCAUCAGUACCUCCUUAAAGUGGGAAACAUUAGUGAAAAUUCUGUUGGUGCCACCCUUUGAUGAGCAUUUGUUUGACCCCAACCAGUUUCUUAGACUUCUUACCCAAGCCUCCCCUUCCUGCGUUUCCCUUCUCAGCUCCCCCAUGAUGGAUCCCCCCCUUUCCUAAAGCCAUCAUGCCUUGAUAAAUAUAUAUGAUCAUUGAAAUACUUUUUAACAAAAAACAGAUUCUAUAUUAUAUAUAUAUUAUAUAUAUAUAUAUAAAAGAUAUAUAGAGAUGCAUUUGCAGGGGUUGGCUGGGAGGAGGAAGGAGACCAUUCUGUGACCAAAAUACCUUGGUCAUUUUUUUAUAUUGCCUUAUUUCCCUAUGGCUGAGCCUUGUUGUGACACAUCAAGCUUUUCUAUAGAUGUUGUCUUGGCUUCCCACCAGAUUAAGCAUUCAUAUGCUCUGCUUUUAGUUUAUAUAUACAUACAUAAUGUUUUUCCUUCCUUAAUUUUGUCUUUUUAUUUGGGAUCAGCUUCUUGCACUCCUUUCUUGACUCAACCUUUCUGUCUCCCUUUCUCUCACCUGAUCACUUUAUGUUUUGGUUUUGGUAAUGAUCCCUGGAUGAGGCACUUCUGUCAGUCUUUUAAGGUCCUUGGUCCCAGCAGCGGAAUGGAGAGCCUUGAAGCCCAGGCUGAUGCUUGAGGUAGCUGUGGAGAGAGUGUUCAAAAUACUACUGACGCAGGCACCCUCUUGGCGCUGGAGAGUUCAAGGCAUCUCUCCUUAUUAGCUGCUCUGAGCAUCAAGAGUCUUUCUAUGGAGUUGUACAAGAGACCCUUUAAAGGUUAUAAUCUGGGAUCAGUUUGUAUAAACUGUCACAAAGUGGUCAAGAAACAGGUAGGGGCUUUCAGUAGGAAAAUGUUGUGCCCAGAAGUGGAAGUGACUCAUGGAGUGGUCCAGUUCAGGAGUUAGUGGAGUAUCUGGACUUUUGUACAGCUGUCUUCCAAAGUAGCUCUAAGCUUUUUAUGGGUUUUUGAGUUCACAUUCUGAAAGGAAAUGCACUUCCUCUUUUGAACAUCCCCCGUAGUUUCUUUUUCAUGUUAUUAAGGACCUUCAGCCAAUGAAUCUGUUCCGGGUUUCCAUUCUGCAAAACUCCAGAGCAUGCACAAGUGGCAAGGCAGUGGUUCUCUUGAUCUUUUCCCUUAACUCUUCCUUGGGUGGUUCCUAAGGGAAAAGGAAGCACAUGAUCAUGGGAAUGAUAGCCCAGAACAAAAAAAAAAAUCUUGUCUUACCACUGUGGUUUAUAGGAGAGAUCGGGAGACACCAUCCUGCUUUCUCCAUGGCCUGAUUCCUGAAGAGACUGAUCCAAAAAUUAUAGCGGCAGGGAACUCUUAGUGCAUUUGGCACUGAGAUUUAAAUGCAACCAGAGUUGUCCUCAAGGCCCAGCCAUUAAAACGUUGCCUCUCUUGACCUUCUGGUAUCUUGUCGGAGAGCUUUUCACUGUGAGGAAGUAUGGAAAUGGCUGUGUGUAUGUGUGUAAUCUGUUAGGUUGGGGAUAGGUUUUCUGUUAGCCUAUACUAAAAGAGACCUGCAAUAAAAAAUUGCCCUGAUCUGA